AUGCCCACCGUGCUGGGAGCAGCUACCACCGUGAGCACAGUUAUGCCAGGGAGAGACACAAAGUUUUAUCGAUACCGGCAGGUGUCACAGCAGAGGACAAAGAGCAUUUGCACAGGGUAUCAGGGAACCAGCAUUAUCAUGACGGCCUCCUCCACGCUGCUGGCCCUUUUCCUGAUGCCCCUCUGCCUCUGGAUCUACAGCCGCCACUGGAUCAACACGGCCGUAGUGCAGCUGUUGCCCCUGGGGGCGGUGAGCCUGACGCUGGGCAGCACCCUACUGCCCAUCGGCCUGGGGGUGCUCAUCCGGUACCGGCACCCCCGCGCCGCCGACCUCCUGGUCAAGAUUUCCCUGUGGUCUCUCUUGGUGACUCUAGUGAUUCUGUUCAUCCUGACUGGGACCAUGCUGGGCCCAGAUCUGUUGGCACACAUUCCUGCAUCUGUCUACGCCAUUGCAGUGCUGAUGCCUCUAGCAGGGUACGCCUUGGGAUAUGGCUUAGCCACGGUCUUUAAAAUGCCCCCACACUGCAGGAGAACAGUGUCUUUGGAAACAGGAUGCCAAAACGUCCAGCUCUGCACCGCCAUCCUAAAACUCACCUUCCCCCCGGAGCUCAUAGGGGGCAUGUACAUGUUUCCCUUGCUUUAUGCGCUUUUUCAGUCGGCAGAAGCGGGACUCUUUGUACUGGUAUACAAGAUGUAUGGAAGAGACAGCUACAAGCAAGAUACACUCGGAGAAGAGGAAGACACAGAUAUUUCCUACAAGAAACUGAAGGAAGAAGAGGUAGCCGAUACUUCAUAUGGCACAGUGACCACAGAGGAGCACAACUCCAUUCAGAUGGAGCCAACGCAGACAGCGCUUUAGGCGAGAUAAAGAGGUGACUCCCUGGGAUGUGAAUGUGUGUUGUGCUUGCAACUGGGCUGGGGCUGCGCUCACCAAGCUGCCCAGCCUCCAUUGUUUCUCCAGCUGCUCCCAUUGUACAAGGUGAUGUGUGUUUAUUACCAUCAGUUCUACUUCUUCAAAAAGUAAAUGGGGGAGGGGGGGAAGGUAAAAAGUAUCGUUGUGAUGCAGACCAGUAACUGUAAAACUUUAUGUAAGGAGGCUGCUGCCCGGCUGAGUGCAGCAGGAAUGGGUAGAAGGAAGGAGACAGCGUUUUACAAAGGCAAAGCCAACUCGGUGCCAGUAUGGAUGAAGGGAAAAACCACCUCGCGCGUGUAUCUCUGUGCCUCCCACCUGCUGUAAAAGCAUUGUGCUCGUUGUUCUCACCACAAAUACAU